AGGGGCCCCGGCGGGGACAGGGAAGGGUCCUGCUCUGAGCUGUCCCCCGCUGCCCAUGGCCCACAGCGCGAAGCAGGCGCCCGCUGGGAUGCUGCACGCCGCGGGCAAGGCUCAGCAUGGGAACUUCCUGGUGGCCAUCAAGCAGGAGAAGGGGGAGGUGGCGCGGGCCGGCGGCGAGAAGCCACACGGCGAGGAGGAGCCGGUGAAGAAGAGGGGCUGGCCCAAGGGCAAGAAGAGGAAGAAGAUCCUUCCCAAUGGCCCCAAGGCCCCCGUGACGGGCUACGUUCGUUUUCUGAACGAGCGCCGCGAGCAGAUCCGCACGCAGCACCCUGACCUGCCCUUCCCCGAGAUCACCAAGAUGCUGGGAGCCGAGUGGAGCAAGCUGCAGCUGUCGGAGAAGCAGCGGUACCUGGAUGAAGCGGAGCGGGAGAAGCAGCAGUACAUGAAGGAGCUGCGGGAAUACCAGCAGUCGGAGGCCUACAAGAUGUGCACGGAGAAGAUCCAGGAGAAGAAGAUCAAAAAAGAGGAUGGCGGCUCCGCGGCGGCGAACACCCUGCUGAACGGGCACCCGCACAAGGCUGGGGAGUGCAGCGACGCCUUCUCCACCUUCGACGUGCCCAUCUUCACCGAAGAGUUCUUGGACCAAAACAAAGCCCGGGAGGCCGAGCUGCGGCGCCUGCGGAAGAUGAACACGGAGUUUGAGGAGCAGAACGCCAUCCUGCAGAAGCACACGGAGAGCAUGAACUGUGCCAAGGAGAAGCUGGAGCAGGAGCUGGCGCAGGAGGAGAGGCAGACCCUGGCCUUGCAGCAGCAGCUCCAGUCCGUGCGGCAGGCCCUCACCACCAGCUUCGCCUCCCUCCCCAUCCCUGGCACCGGGGAAACCCCGACUCUGAGCACUCUGGACUUCUACAUGGCCAAGCUGCACAGCGCCAUCGAGAGCAACCCGCUGCAGCACGAGAAGCUGGUGGUUCGCAUCAAGGAGAUCCUGUCCCGGAUAGCCAGCGAACACUUGUGAAGAGGACCAGUCCCUGCCGCAGCCCGGGGCCGGCCGGACCACGGCCCUGUCCCUUGGAGCUCACCCGAGGGACAGUCCCUGCUCGUGGUCCGGCUGCUUCCCCCUCCACAUCAGCGGGGGGCGACCCCGGCCCCGCGGCUGUGACAUCUCCGAGGACCUUGAGCUUCUGGGGACCAAGCGGUGCCGUGGCUGAGGCCCCAGCAUGAGCACCCCCUGCUCUCCCGUGCGCCCCCCAGCUCCCGCGGCGUCGCCUCUGGGCAUCGCCUGCAGCUCGCUGAGCCCCCGGGGCCUCCCCUGAGCGCGGCCGGUGCCAGAUGCGGCGCCGCAGCCUGCGGGUGGAGGGCCUGGAGGAAAGCAGCCUCUUCCACGGCGACCCAGGGGCUGCGGGGCGGCUGUGACAGGCCCGUAAGGCAGAAGGGCUGACAACCAACCCUCCUCGAUGGCCUCGCCUCUCCCCGACAGGGACAGGACCUCCUUCGAGCUGCCCCUCUGCGUGUUUGGCUCGGCUCGAGGCUCCUGUCCCCGACUCAGUGACCGCGGCCAGGGGAGGCAGCCGCGCACCCUGGGGUGCAUGGGGAGCCCCCAGGGCUCAGUGCCACAUCCCAGCCCCUAAAUCAGCCCAGGGACCCUCAGUCUGCCGUGGGGGAGGUGACAGGUUUCCUUCCCCCUGUCUCUUGUUUUAUUUAAUCUUCCCUUUUCCCCUCCCUGCUGCCCCUCGGGUGCCUUCAGCCCCAUGCACCCUGCCUGCCCCCUCUGCUUCCCCUGUGCCUCUGGGGCCGGGCAGGGCGGCCCCUUCCCCACACGCUGGCAAAGGCAAAACCUCUGAGGGGGAGCGGGGCCGGAGCCCUCCCAGCCCCGGGGAGCCCUCAUGGGACCACCGUGACGGCAGCCGCGUCCUCGCCACGCCGUGCCGGGGUCGGACGACCCUGGGGCUGCCCGUCAGAAAUCUCAGAUUGUGUAAUUAGAGAGCGUCUUAUUUUCUUACUAGCACUACGUGGAUUCGGCCCCGGGUUUAACCCGGGGCAGGGGUCCAACCGCCCCUCUCUUGCCUGCAAGGUGGGUGCCCUGUAGAUGAGUCUCCUGGUUGCCAUCUCCUGCUGGCUGCUCGGCUCGGGGUGGAGAUGGGAGUGAAUAAACGUGGGAGAAACCA